AUGUUCUUCAAAACCACCACCCUCCUCUCCCUCCUGACCACCGCGGCCACAGCCACAGCUAUCUCCCUCCCCCUCACCUCUCGCUCCUCCGAAAGCGCCAUACCCACAAGCUGCCCGCCCAACCAAAUCUUCCAUCACGACGCCUGCAUCCCCUCCAUUCCCUGCGGCGGCCUCGCCAACAUUCCGUGCCCUGCCCAAAGCCAAGUGUGCGUUGACGACCCGCGCGACGAUUGCGGCCCUAAGAAGAACGGCGCCGACUGCGGAGGUAUCUGCGUUGAGCCGACGAAACGGUGUGGAGGUAUGCUGGGGCUGAUGUGUCCUGAGGGGUGGGAGUGUGUGGAUGAUCCGAGGGAUGAGUGCGUUCCUGGGAAGGAUGAGGGGGAGCAUGGGGAGGGGUGUAUGGGGGUUUGUGUUUAG